AUGGCUCGUUUCUCUCCGAAGUUCAACACUGAGGGCGACGGGAAAAAAUGGGGCGGUGCUGAGAACCAAACCGAGGGCGCUCAGGCCCCCAAGAGGAGGAGAUUAGUCAAAGUCUCCUCCGUCGCCUCGGGGUCUUCAGUCGCCGGCUCCUCCAACACCGGCGCUCAAUCCACCGCUGCCGCCGUGUCCAAAGGCAAGAAUGCUGCCGCCACUGCUACCAUUACAAGCUCCAAGUCUCCGACUGGCGGGACGAACCAACUCCCUGCCGCCGAAGCUUCCGCCGCCACGGCCACCGAGUCUGCCACUGUCACAGCUCCUGAUUUUGCUACCGCUGGAACAGCCACAACUGCCGCCUCUAAGUCCGCCAUUAUAGGCGCCACAACCACAACUGUUGACCUGUCAUCAACUGCUGUCACACCUCCUAGCCCGCCUCCCACGAAUGAUGGGCGUUCCAUGCCUUCCCCGCCUCGUCAAGAAGAAAGACCCUCUCCUGAUGCCGCCACUACUUUCGAAGCAGCCCAGAUUGAGCAAGCCCCUGGCAACAGAGGUGGUUCUUCUAGCCACUUCAACAUGCUACCCAAUGCCAUUGAGCCCUCAGAGUUCUUGCUCACCGGCCUCAACCGCGACGUCAUAGAAAAAGAAGUGUUGAGUCGAGGCAUUAACGAGACCAAGGAGGAGACCCUUGCUUGUCUUCUAUGCGCUGGGUGUAUCUUUGCCCACGCGUUUGACAAUUUCAACGCCGCCGCUGCUGAAACUGAACGGUUGAAGGCUGAGACAAGCGAGAAAGGAAAAAGUUCAAGCCGACAAGUUGAUUGGCGCGGCGGGGAACAAGAUCAGCGAGCGAAGGACCUGGCCGCCAAAGGCGAGGCGCUGGCUGCCAAGGAGUCAGAGCUUGAAAUAUUGGGCGCUGAACUGGAGUCAGCGAAGAAGGCGCUGGCGGAGCAGGAGAAGAAGUCUGCUGAGUCUUUGGCUUCAGUGAAGGCAGAUCUGGAGGCGGUGAUGCGAGCUACUUCUGAAGAGAUCAAGAAGGCGGACGAGGCUCAUGGGGCAGCCCUCUCCGCGAGAGAUGCUGAGAUUACUUCCCAUCUUGCGAGAAUCAAAGGGCUAGAGAGCGAGCUGUCGGUUGAGAAAGCCAAGGCCGCUGAGGCGAGGGAACAAGCCGCCGAUAUUGCCUAUGACAAUCGCGAGCGCGACUUCUACGUCGCUAAGGACCAGGCUCAACACUUGGCUUAUUGCUUGACAUUUCUCCGUCAAGACUUUUAA